UCUUACUGGAUGGGGUGUUGGGACAGGGAUUAGAGCUGACUUCACACUCUUUUCCUCAGAAUGGAUUUGUAGGCGUUUGGUGGCACCUGAUACCUGGGCUUCUCUCUUCACCCAGGUUCAUCCAUGACCCCUCCACACAGGAGGCCCCAUUCCAGACGGCUGCAGUCUGGCUCUCAACAGUUCAGGGCCCAUCUCUACUCUGUGGAAGCACACACAGCUCCCACGACCCUUUGCUGCUGGAAGAACUCCCUUUCAGGUGCAAACGCAUUGAGAGGCCCCAAGCUGGUGUCUGGCGAGACUGGGGGAACUGUCACCAUCCGUUGCCAUUAUGCCCCCACCUCAGUCAACAGGCAUCAAAGAAAAUACUGGUGCCGCCUGGGGCCUCCAUUGUGGAUCUGCUACACCAUCGUGUCCACCAACCAAUACACUCACCACGACUACCGCGGGCGUGUGGCUCUCACCGACGUUCCACAGAGUGGUUUGUUCAUGGUGAGGCUGCUCCAGCUGUCCCUAGGUGACACGGGACUUUACCGCUGUGGCAUUGGAGACCGAAACGACAUGCUGUUCUUCAGCGUGAAUCUGACUGUGUCUGCAGGCCCUUCCAACACAACCUAUGCAGCAGCUCCAGCUUCUAGUGAGCCCAUCACAGCAUCUCCUCGGACAGCAUCUUCAGCAGCUAACAGAUGGACCUCAGGAGUCACCCAGGUCCUAGACGGCCGAGGUUCAGAAUGGGACAGAUCAGCUCCAACCACAGGUACAAGCAAAACUACAUCUUCUACCAACGGAAGACAAACCUUAACAACAGCCAGAACAAUGGUUCCAGGGACAAGCAGCAGAGAGGAGGGCUCUGUCAAGGUGGCGGUCUCCACGCCAGAGGGUCCAGCUCCAAAAUCAGGGAGUCUGUUCAGUACAACACAGGGUGUCUGGGUGUGGAGCACCAGGAACUCAGUAACAACUGGUGCUACCACGAGUGAGGGUAGGAAGCAAGGCACAACCCCAGAGACUGAUGGGCCUCGAGAGGAAACAAAUGUCAGCACGUCUCCAGAUGCACCCAGGGAGACCACAGGAACCACAAGGCCGUCGGUCCUGAUCUCAGAGCAUGGGACCUGGGAAACUCUCCAAGAUGAAACGAAGGUUUCUAAGCAACAAAUGCUGUACUCCCUGGAGGGGUCAUCGCCAGCUCCAAGUGCACAGACCUUGAAUGCUACAUGUAUGGAAGGAAGAACUGAUGGGAACCUAGGAAACACUCCUGAAGAAAGCAGCCCCUCGACACCAAGCCAGCUCUCAGCAGCAGGCCCUAUGUGGGUUUCAGGCAAAGGGUCAUCCAUGAAGAGUACUUUUACAGAAAGAGAAAGCGACUCUCGGAUCCUGACUCCAGUCUCCAUUGUGCUGGCCCUGCUUCUAAUUGCUGCUCUGGUCCUGCUGAAAAGGAGACUCGGGGGAGAGAGGACCUCUCAGAAGACAGAAAGGGUGCCAAGGAUCACGCUAAUUCAGAUGACACAUUUCCCACCGGAUAAGCUCCCUGGAGAGGGUAAGAACUUGCAGCAGAGUGACCUUCCUACCCGAGCCAGCCUGACCGUCCUGGAGAAGGACCCAGGACUCUGAGGAUGGGAAGGUAAAGAACUCGGUCACCAUGGAGGGAGGACCAAGCCGGAUAGCUCCAUGGCUUCUUCAUCCCCUUCUUGUUUUCCUCCACCUACAUGAAGCUAACUGAGUUCAAUCUCCACCUGGAGUCACGGGGGGCUACCAGUUUGGGUCUCAGACAACCAGGCAUUCUCCAAAGUGGCGCUGUCACUGCUGCCUCUGGGCACCCUCCCUUCUCUCUACCCAUUAAUACUCAGCCUGCUGCUCACGUUAACAGCAUUCUCCUAUACCAGGCUCGCCCAAGCAAGCACAGCCAUAGCUCCUUAAGGACUGUAAUUGUACUUCAUCUAUUUCACUACAUCUCUAGUGGGACUUCAGCAAAUUAAACACCCAUGGCUGUUUGGCUGGGGAUGGCAUGGAUUUGGUGGACACUGAAGAUCCUCCUGGCAGGAGGUCUGAACACCCAAGGGCCUUCAUUUGUUUUUUUGGGGGGAUUCAUUAGACAAUUG